UAACGUUAAAGCUAGCGACAUAGCUAGCCAGCUACUGCAGCGGAACUUGGCUAUGGUCACUGGAUCUCACUAAGUCUUCGAACAAAUGCAGUUCUCAGAUUUGACUUAGCUAGUUAUUACAGUAGUACAAGUAACUGUUGUAUACAUUGUUUUGCAUGAUGUAGCUAUAAUGUAGCCUGGUCCCAGAUCUGUGUGUGCUCUUGCCUAACGCCUGUGAUAUUACCCUGAUCUUGCGACCAUGGGGUUGACCAAGCAGUACCUGCGCUAUGCUGCCAGCGCCGUGUUCGGAGUAAUUGGGAGCCAGAAGGCCAACAUCGCCUUUGUCACCAUGCGAGGAGGGGAGAGAGGACGCUUUGUGGCUGUGGCUGCCUGCGAGCAUGUCUUCAUAUGGGACGUGCGUAAAGCAGAGAAGGUUCUUAUUCUCAAGGGGAACAAGCACGAGGUGACUUACCUCUGCCCCUCCCCCGAUGGCAUCUAUGUUGCCGUGGGUUACGAGGACGGGGCUGUGCGCAUCUUCAGCCUAUUGAACGGCGAGAGCAACGUGUCCUUCAACGGGCACAAGUCCGCAGUCACUGUGAUCCGCUACGACACUCUCGGUUCUCGGCUGGUGACCGGAUCCAGGGACACGGAUGUGAUUGUGUGGGAUGUGAUCAACGAGUGUGGUCUGUACCGACUGAAAGGACACAAAGAUGCUGUCACACAGGCCCUGUUCCUCAAAGACAAGAACCUUCUGGUCACCAGCUCCAAGGACAGCUUUGUAAAGUGGUGGGACCUGGACACUCAGCACUGCUUUAAGACCAUGCUGGGACAUCGCAGUGAGGUCUGGGGCAUGGCACUGCUGAACCAAGAGAGUAGAUUGAUAACAGGCUCAGCCGACAGUGAGCUCCGGGCCUGGGACAUCAACUACCUACAGGAGGGCAGAGAGGCUGGUGAACCAAAGGAGAAGAAAGGAAAAAGCCUACUUGAUGAUGAUGAUGAUGAGGAGGAGGAGGAAGUUGUGGACGAGAGCCCUGAGGAGAGGAUCCUGAGUUGUAAGAAAGCUGGCUCUUUGCUGAGAGAGGCCAGGGACAGGGUAGUCUCCAUGACUACCGAUGCCAAGGCCAAGGUCCUGGCGUGCCAUGGCUCAGACACAGUGCUGGAGGUGUUCAGUGUGCUGCCGGAGGACGAGGUGGAGAGGGUGAUGGCCAAGAAGCUGAAGAGAGCCAAGAAGAAGGCCAGGGAUGCGCAGCAUGCAGAGGACGCCCCAGAGCCUGUGGUGGAGAGGAAACUGGCAAAUGAGAUUGUGAGACUAACCAACAUCAAGGCCUCCGCCAAUAUCAGAUGGGUGGACUGCCUGAUGUGUGCGGGUGGGGAGUUGAAGGUAGCCAUGCUGCUUCAGAACAACACCGUGGAGACCUACAGCCUCAAGACGUCUGACAAGAAUCCCACGGGCAUUAAGACCUCUCGGCUCACCCUGGGAGGCCACCGCACCGAUGCCCGCACGCUGGCCUUCAGCUCAGACAACAUCGCUGUCCUCUCCGCCUCUGGGGACACCGUCAAAGUCUGGAACAGGUCUACCCUGCAGGUGAUUCGCACCAUGGCGUGUGACUACGCCCUCUGCUCCCUGUUUGUCCCUGGAGACAGGCAGAUCAUCCUAGGGACCAAGAGUGGUAAGAUUCAGAUCUUUGACCUGGCAUCAGGUACCCUCCUGGAGACUGUCGACGCCCAUAACGGAGCUCUGUGGUCCCUCUGUCUGUCUCCUGAUCAGAGGGGGAUAGUGACUGGCGGGGCUGACAAGACUGUGAAGUUCUGGGAGUUUGAGCUGAUUAAGGACGAAGACGCUGCACAGAAGAGGCUGACGGUGAAACACGUGCGUACACUGCAGCUGGAUGAGGAUGUGUUGUGUGUGAAAUAUUCUCCUGACCAGAGACUGUUGGCUGUCUCCCUGCUGGACUGCACCGUCAAGGUCUUCUACACAGACACACUGAAGUUCUUCUUAUCUCUGUAUGGACACAAGCUGCCGGUGCUCUGCCUGGACAUCUCUCAUGACAGUGCCUUGAUAGCAACUGGCUCUGCAGACAGAAACGUCAAGAUCUGGGGUCUGGACUUUGGGGACUGUCACAGAUCUAUGUUUGCCCACGAUGACAGCGUCAUGUUCCUUCAGUUUGUCCCCAAAACCCAUCUGUUCUUCACAGCGGGGAAGGACAAGAAGAUCAAACAGUGGGACGCAGACAAGUUUGAGCACAUCCAGACCUUAGAGGGUCACCAUCGGGAGGUUUGGUGUCUGGCCAUCAGUCCUAACGGGGACCACAUUGUGUCUUCGUCUCACGACAAGUCCCUGAGGCUCUGGGAGAGGACCAGAGAACCCAUCAUCCUGGAGGAAGAGAGGGAGAUGGAGAGAGAGGCUGAGUUUGAGGAGGGCAUGGACAAAGGGGAUGAGCCUGUGGUUCCAGGAGAGAACAAGGAUGCAGAGGCAGCACCAGCGGCGAAGAAAACCAUAGAGACAGUCAAAGCUGCUGAGCGUGUCAUGGAGGCUCUGGAGCUGUACAGAUCAGAGAGCAGGAAAAUGGAGGAGCAUCAGAUAGCCUGCCAGUCAGCCGGAAAACAUUUGCCUCCACCUAAGGCCAAUCCUAUCCUUGUGGCCUUUGGAAAUGUUUCUCCGUCUCGCUACGUCUUGGACGUAAUAAAGAAGGUCCGGUCCAGUGAGCUGGAGGUGUCUUUGCUGGUCCUGCCGUUCCCCUACAUUCCAGACCUGCUGUCUCUCUUCAACUGCUAUGUCCAGGACGGCCUGGAGGUGGAGCUAGUGUGCCGUUGUCUCUUCUUCCUGCUCAGAAUCCACUUUGGCCAGAUCUCCAGUAACCAGAUGCUGCUGACCGUCAUAGACGAGCUGAGAAUCAACACCAUUUCUAAAGUCCGAGAGAUCAGGGAUGUUCUGGGUUUCAACAGUGCUGGUCUUCAGUUCCUCCAGAGGGAGGUCGAGAGCAAAGAGGAGAUCAUGUUUUUCGCGGACGCCACCGGUCUCCUUAAAGAGAAGAGGAGGAAGAGGAAGAAGAGAGAGAGAGCUAUUCUCACUAUUGCAUGAAUCACCACAUGAUUUUAUAUAUAUAUAUAUAUAUAUACCCCACAUCAUGGCUACUGCAGGGGUGGCCUUAAGCAGAGAGAUUUACACUGUUAGUUUUAUAUCUGAACUGUUAUAGGAUCCUGAUAGGACAUAACACUGUGUUAUUCAAUGACAUGCUUCAUUUCCCAAAUAAACUGUGUCUGAGUUACUCA